AUGAAGGUGCACAAAGAUGGAGAUAAGGUGUUUGAUGACAUUAUCAGAGACCACAGAGAAAAGAAAGAAAUAAUGAUGGAGACACGAGAGGAGAUUUUGAUGAUGUUCUUUCUCAGGAUUCAAAAGGAUAAGGACUUUGACACCCCCUUAUCUCUUGACAACGUUAAAGCUGUUCUUAAAGAUAUUUUCUUUGCUGGAACUCAAACAACAGCAACUACAACAGAAUGGGCGAUGUCAGAAUUACUCAGAAAACCAAAGGUCAUGAAAGAGGCACAAGAAGAGGUAAGAAGAGUUUAUGGAGCCAAAGGAUACGUAGAUGAAUCAAAUCUUCACCAAUUGAAAUAUUUAAAUGCUGUCAUCAGAGAAACUCUAAGGCUACGUUCACCAUUAGCAUUGUUGGUUCCAAGAAAGUAG